GGGCGCGGAAACAAAACCCGGGUCUUUUUCUGCGCCUGUGUCUCUGUACGAUCGAAGUCACCCGGCCAGCUGAGCCAGGCAACGUGAACACUGGGCAGGCGCUUUGUGAGCAUUUUACGGUAGGUUUUAGCUGACCAUGGCGAACAGAAAGCGACCUUUAGAAGUUACGGCGAACAGUUUGCACACUCCGGAAAAGAAAGUGUCAGUGGACCCGAUGAUCAGCUCGGACUACAUGCACUGGGAAGUGGAGGAUACGUGCCAAUAUCUUCGAAAAGAGGGGCUCAUCGAGUGGCAAGAUAUUUUUAGAGCGCAGAAAGUCACUGGUGUUGGUCUAAGGUACAUUAAAGAUUGUGAUUUGGAGAAGAUGGGAGUAAAAUGUCACGGCGAUCGCCUCAGGAUCCUUCACAGCAUCAGAAAACUGUGGCAAAUAGAAGCCGAACCAAAUAAGGUCUUCAAUGAUCCCAUUCAUGGCCACGUUGAGUUACACCCACUUCUAAUAAAAAUUAUAGACACACCCCAAUUUCAGAGAUUAAGGAACAUCAAGCAGCUUGGAGGGACUUAUUUUGUUUUUCCCGGCGCAUCUCACAAUAGAUUUGAGCACAGUAUUGGGGUGGGUUACUUGGCUGGUCGCCUUGUUCAAGCACUGAAUGAGAAGCAGCCUGAACUCCUCAUUUCUCGCAGAGACAUCCUGUGUGUCCAGAUUGCUGGCCUUUGCCAUGAUCUUGUCUGUCUCCUUUCAGGACAUGGGCCUUUUUCUCAUAUGUUUGAUGGAAUUUUUAUUCCCAAAGCUCGUCCACAAAUAACAUGGAAGCAUGAGACUGCAUCCCUUGCUAUGUUUGACUAUCUGGUGGAUGAAAAUGGUCUGAGACCAGUCAUGGAACAACACGGCCUUGUCCUUCCUGAAGAUCUGGACUUUAUCAAAGAGCAGAUUGCCGGACCUCUGCAAAAUGCUGCUGAUCAAAAUGCUAAGUGGCCCUACAAAGGUCGAACACAAGACAAAUCCUUCCUGUAUGAAGUUGUGGCCAACAAGAGAAAUGGCAUUGAUGUGGAUAAGUGGGACUACUUUGCCAGGGACUGCUACCACUUGGGCAUUCAAAACAAUUUUGACUAUCGCCGUUUUCUUAAGUUUGCACGAGUAUGUGAAGUAGAUGGACAAAAGAACAUUUGCACUAGAGACAAGGAAGUGGGGAAUCUGUAUGACAUGUUCCACACCAGAAAUUGCCUCCAUAGACGAGCUUACCAACACAAAGUCGGGAACAUCAUUGAAACUAUGGUCACAGAGGCAUUUUUAAAAGCAGAUAAACAUAUCAAGAUUGAAGGCUCAGGGGGGCGUAUGUUCACUUUGUCCACAGCCAUAGACGACAUGGAGGCUUACACCAAACUAACGGACCAUGUGUUUGAACAAAUUCUCAAUUCCUCAUCUAAAGAACUUGCUGACGCUAGACAGAUUCUACGCAAUAUUGUUUGUCGACGUCUUUACAAGUGCUUGGGUCAAACUCAACCAGAAAAACCUGUUACUGUUACUCAGGAAAUAAUUCACAGCUGGGAAGCAGAUUUGGCUCAGUCUGUUCCUCAGGGCUCUGAGGAUGCCAAGCUUCAACCUGAGGACUUUGUGGUCAAUGUUAUCCACAUGGAUUAUGGGAUGAAGGAGAAGAAUCCAAUAAAUAAUGUUCGAUUCUAUUGCAAAAAUGACCUUACUACAGCCAUCCAAAUACGCAAAAACCAGGUGUCAAAACUUCUCCCGGAGCGUUUUGCUGAACAGUUGAUUAGAGUUUACUGCAAAAAGACAGACGAAAAGAGUGUGGAGGCAGCCAAAAAGCACUUUGUUCAAUGGUGCAUGGACAAGAACUUCUCAAAACCUCAGGAUGGAGACAUAAUUGCACCAGAGCUCACUCCGUUAAAGGCCAGCUGGUCGAACAACAAUGAAGGAGAAGAGUGUGCGGAGAGCAGCACGAGCUACAGCCAUCUCAAUGGAAGAGCCAAAGUUCAGCUUUUCAAGUAAGAAGGCCUCAGUUACAGAUCCCAAAAGUAUUUUGUAUGCAAAAAGGCUUUAUAAAAGAUGGGACAUUUUAGAAUGUUGGCGAAUAUUCAAGUUUACACAAAUGGUCUACAAUUUUUUUUAUUUCUCUAUUAGGUUUUAUUUCCAGAAUUGUUUGGCAUGUUUUUAUUUUUGUUCAAUAACAUUAUUAUGGACUUUAAUGCAAUAUUUACAUCAGGUCAGUGUAUAGAAAAUUUUGAGUGCUACAAUGAAUGUUAAAGACUGAGAUUUUUUACUUUGAUACUUUUGGGGUUAGUUUUUUUUGUAUUUAUUUUAGGUUUAUCUGGCGUGUUUGAUUAAAGGGUGGUCCAUUAUUUAUUACCUAAAAUAUUUUUCUACCAAGAGACGUAUUAUGAAAAAUGUAACUUUAACAUCUGCAGCACAAUAUGAACAUUUACCUGAUUUGUUAAAAAAAAUAUACAUAUACAUAUACAUAGUUUGUAUUUUAAGCCGUAUUUCAUACUAUGACUGUUUGGGUGAUGCAUUCUUGUAUCUACAUAUUUGAAAAUACACAAACUAUUCUCUUA